GUGAUGGCGUUGACCCAAAAUCAGGUGGAUGUAAAUGGGAUUAUGUAUUGGCUUUAUAUUGGUAAGAUUUUUGUGAAUGAUAAGUUCUUAUCGUGUGAUAUGGUUAUGGCGUUUGAUAUGACUAGUGAAGAAUUCUCACAAGUUUGCCUUCCGGAAAGUUUAGCACUUAAAACCGACAUUAAUUUGUCUAUAUCUAAGUUGAGGGAGUGUCUUGUUGUGCUUGAAUAUAAUAAAGAGGCUAAGAAACGAGUUUAUGGUGUUUGGAUGAUGAUGGAGCGUGGUGUUUCAGAAUCGUUUACUAAGCUAUACACUAUUAACAGACCGGAUGGAUCAAUAAGAAAUGUACUUGGAUUUAGGAUGAGUCGUGAAGCUAUGAUUGAACUUGUAAACGAAGAUGAUUUUAACCAGAAUCCGAUCGUUGUUUAUGAACCCUCCUCGGGAAACAUCAGUAAUAUUGGGAUUUCAGGAGUUGGAUUUUCAUGCUUUGCAAGUUCGUACGUGGAAACACUACUUUUGCUUGAUCAGUGAUAAUUGCAGCAUCACAAAGUGUGGACAUCUGUUUUGGAGCAGGCAAGCAAAUGAGCAAGAAUUAUGGAGAUUGAAGUGCAAUCGUAGUAUAGAUUAGUUGUUGAAUGAAACCUUAGAUGCGUUAGAUAUAGGUUGAUGCUUAUGUUAGUAGUGUAACUAAUGUUGGAACAUUUCUUAUGUUGAAUCUAUCUAUAUAUUUUGUGAAAUUAUUCACACA